CGUCGCGAUUGGUCCUCUCAGUCUGCGCGCAAAAUUAUGCGCAAUGCAGCAUGCAAACAGGAGUUUGUUGUUUACGCCAUUUGUGGCCGUCGUAGUGUUGUGUGAUCUUUCUUUAUCGCAGUGAUAUACUUGUCAUCCGUAUGUGUUUCGUGUAACGUGAACACCUAGGAUUAUUAACAUGUCGGCGAAUAACGCGAAAAUACCAACGACGGAACGCGUCGUCAAAAGUGUGCCGUUUCCUCCUAGCCACAAGCUGACACUGAGUGAGGUGUUUGAGGCAAAAAGCGGCAAGCCGCGGAUCGAGGCAUUGAAGCAACACUUUGUGCUCGAGGGGCGAAUCGAAGAGGCAGCUGCCCUACGCAUCAUAAAUGAGGGGGCUGCGUUGCUGCGCCAGGAGAAGACCAUGAUCGACAUUGAGGCCCCCGUGACUGUUUGUGGCGAUAUCCAUGGCCAGUUCUAUGACCUGAUGAAGCUGUUCGAGGUGGGCGGCCCACCUGCAACUACCAAGUACCUCUUCCUUGGGGACUAUGUAGAUCGGGGGUACUUCAGCAUUGAGUGUGUGUUAUACCUCUGGGCCCUAAAGAUCUGCUACUCCAACACUCUAUUCCUGCUACGUGGCAACCACGAGUGUAGGCACCUAACGGAGUACUUCACAUUCAAGACUGAGUGCAAGAUAAAGUAUUCAGAGCGUGUGUAUGAUGCCUGUAUGGAGGCAUUUGACUGCCUGCCCUUGGCUGCCCUCAUGAACCAACAGUUUCUCUGCGUCCACGGGGGGCUCUCUCCAGAGAUUCACAACCUCGACGACAUUAAGAAGCUGGACAGGUUCAAGGAGCCGCCUGCAUUUGGUCCCAUGUGCGACCUGCUAUGGUCGGAUCCACUUGAAGACUUCGGCAAUGAGAAGAAUGCGGAGCAUUUUAGUCACAAUAGCGUCCGCGGAUGCUCAUAUUUCUAUAGCUAUGCAGCAUGUUGCGAGUUUCUCCAGCAGAACAACCUCCUCUCUAUUAUUCGGGCUCAUGAAGCUCAGGACGCUGGGUACCGGAUGUACAGGAAGAGUCAGACCACAGGGUUUCCGUCACUCAUCACCAUAUUCUCGGCACCAAACUACUUGGACGUUUACAACAACAAAGCGGCGGUGCUGAAAUACGAGAACAAUGUGAUGAACAUUCGGCAGUUCAACUGCUCACCUCACCCCUACUGGCUGCCCAAUUUUAUGGACGUUUUCACCUGGUCCCUGCCAUUUGUAGGCGAGAAAGUGACGGAAAUGUUGGUCAAUGUCCUGAACAUCUGCUCAGAUGAUGAGCUCAUGACGGAAGGGGAUGACACUUUUGAAGGUCUGUCCUCGGGAACCGAAUCUCAGGAGGAUAGUGGUGCAGCGAGCGCUCGAAAAGAAGUUAUUAGAAAUAAAAUCCGAGCUAUUGGCAAGAUGGCCCGCGUCUUCUCCGUGCUGAGGGAAGAAAGCGAAAGCGUUCUUCAGCUUAAAGGACUCACACCGACUGGGACUUUGCCAUUGGGAGCCCUCUCUGGCGGCAAAACUUCUCUGCGCAAUGCACUGGCGGGCUUCUCGCCACACCACAAGAUUACCAGCUUCGAGGAAGCCAAGGGUCUGGACAAGAUCAACGAGCGCAUGCCACCCCGCAAGGAUGCACCGCUGCCACACGGGGGUCCCUCGUCACCGCAGGAGGAGCAUGGUGGCAGCAACUCUGCCGGCUCCUGAAGGGGGUCUUGUCCCUCUCCUGCCGCUCUCCUCUUCCUCCCCCCUGCCUCCCCCUCUCGUCAUCCUCGGUUUCCCCCUUCCUUGUUAAGUGCCUCGCUCGACUGCUCCUCCCACUUCCCAUCUCAUCAUCCCUUGUUGUGCGCUGACAAUGCCACGGCGCGGAGUGUGUGCUGCAUGUGCGACCAGGAGACUGCUUGCCACAAGGCUUUCUCUCUCUCACUCCCAGUGGGCAGCUUGCCUCUUCCUUUCUCUCUUUUGAGCACACCCUCCACCCAUGUCUUUUCUCAGAUUCUGCAUCACUCAGCUUCUGUGCUCACUGUUGUGCAUUUUUUGUUUAUUCCCUGCUAAGUUAUUAUAAGUUGGUGAGUGAUAGUGGGCAGUUGAGGACUUGUUUUUGUGCUGUUUUCUUUUUCUUUUUUGCCUUAUUGGGAGCGCAGGUUCGGAGUGCCCUCACGAUGCUCCGCAAAGCACUGAUAUGUGUGUGUGUCUAGCUGUGGGGGCUUGACACUGUUUGCCCUUUGUUGUUGCUGUUGUUCUGGUCACCUUUUCAGCUAGUGUAUUUUGUGCCCGGGCAGCAGCGUCACACGGGCAGCGCGCGCAUGCAUACGGGAUGCCGAAACACUGUGCUGCUGCACUGCACCGCCCUAUUUGUCAUCUUUUUUACAUAUACACACAUAUAGGUUUGUUUCUAUUUUUUUUCUGUGUACAGCAACGGGCCUGUUUUACCGCUGCUUCCCACUCCCUUCCCUUGCUGUGACUGCCCUCGUGUUCAACUUAUUGCAAAUCGUGCGCGCGCGUGUGUGUGUGUGUGUGUGUUCGUGAAAGAUGGUACAGAAUGCCGCCGCCAAUUGUGAGGGGGGUACUGUGAGGGGGAGGGGAACUCCCUCAUUCUUGUGGGGUGUUGUCAUUGGAGGGGCGCAGCUCUCGCGGACAUUGCGCAUGUGUGCCCCCCUCCCAUGCACCACUGAUGCCAGUAGGCACGGUGACUGCUGCCACUGAGAAAGGGACGGUAGAGGGUUUUGCAAUCUGGGGUGGGGCAUGUCUGUGGGCCAGCUGCACACCGUGUGGCAGUGCAGCAGUUAUUGAUGGGCCUCUGGGGAGAUGGGUGUGCAAGACCCAGGGGUAACUCUAUACAUACACGAGUGUACAUAAGAGGGGGGAAAAAGAAAAAAAAAACCAGGCCUGACACAGUGGUCACUUGGGCUGCGAUGCAAUUUUCACAUCGGGAAAUUGCCGUGCAAUGUCUCUGUUGCUAUACUUGGUUUUCUUCCUUGUCAUUCUCGCAUCUUCGCUAUGCCUUUUUUUUUCUUUUUUUUACACCCUGUAUAUGUCUCUAUAUAUAUGUAUAUAUACAUAUAUAAAUAUAUAUAUAUGUUCAUGUGUAUAUAUAUGAAUAUGUGUAUAUGUAUGUAUAUGCAGAAAGCCUCCACCACCUGGAGUACUGUUUUUGAUUUCUCAUGCGCGUCCAUUCCCGAUGGCUGGUGGCAAUUUGUGAAAAAAGAACUAAUAUAUAUAUAUAUAAUACAUAUAAUAUUCAUAUACAUAUUAUACAUACUGCACGUGCAAAUGCUUUGUUUUAAUUUCUUCCUCUGCCUUGUCCUCCCUCCUGAAGUCGCUUGUUUCUGUUUCAUGAUGCGGCUUAUUGUUCUGUCCACUGUUGCUAACCUGUCUAUCUUCUUGCUGCCCUUGGUAACAUCGAAGGGCCAACUUUAUAUGGCGUGGAACUCUUUGUUGCGCCAUUUCUCGACUUCAGCCUCCCCUGCCUCUCUCCUCCACUGAUGCUGCCACACUGGCCUGCUGAACCAGCCAUGCGUGUGUGUGUGUUAAGGAGGGAACUCAUAAUGCCACUCAUCAAUGUCCCAGGUUGUGAUCCUUGUCUGGGACUGUUCCGAAUUAGAAUAUGUCAGCAUUGAGUUGCAUCUUGUCAAAUGGGUUUAAGGUUGAGAGCUGAGGAUGGUGAGAUCAUGCAGGUGACAGCACACAGACAGCAUGUGCCCAAGUGCUGUCUGGGUGGUGCUCGCCCAGAUGUAAGUUUAAGCUGGGACCCUGUUGCAGCUGUGUGUGUGUGUUUCUGUUUCUUUAAAGCAUUUUCGUGGAAAUAACAGCUUCUGUGCUUGAUAAUGUAAGAUCUAAAUGUAUAGCCAUACUCCAUGCCGAACUCUUGCCCAGCAAAUAUUAUCAACGCUUGUCUCAAUUUCGACGGUUGUGGGAAGCGUGAAGUGUUUUGUGGCUGGCAGCAUUUCUUGUGCUGCCUUGCCUGAUCUAGUCUUUCUGUAAUGGUUUAUGGUCUCGUGGCUCCAUUGAGUCUGAAACUGGGCAGGGACUGCGGAAGUAGAGCACAAUGCAAGUCGGGCAUUUGUGCUUCAUCUCUGCUUCUCCAAUCGGAGCUGCAAGACCGUUACACAUCUGCUAGCUUCCAAUGAAGGGGAAAGAAUAUGUUCGAAGGAUCACCAUUUAUGGCGGGGCAGUGACUCCCACCGUUUUGACCAUCUUGCAAUGACUGGCUGUUCCCCACGGCGUUGGCAAAUGGCCAGUGCAGUUAGUUGUCACACCAUAAAUAAAGUGGGAUAGUUUCACGAGUCGGGUUUCACCAUGUUUUGUGUGGGUGACUGGGGCUUUGCUUUAACUCUUGCUACAUUGGACUUGCUCAAAGCCAUAUGCACACUUCUGCCUGCACAGGCCUAAUUGAAUGGUUGCAAGUGUUUUCAGCAUUUUUUUUUUAAACAAUAUGGUUAGAGUCCCUCGCAGGCCACAGACAAGAGUUUUCGCUCAAACUUUAUGUAAAAAAAGUUGGCCAAAGUUUGGUGCAUCUCAUAAUGCUGUUGUGGCGGGAGCACUUGCUGGUGUGCAUGUGGGACCUUCCUGGGCAUUACCAGCUGUGUUCCCAGGCAAUUUAGGCUCCUGUGGCUGCAUGUUCGCCUGAGCAUCAAGUGGAGGGGCAUGGCAUGGGUACUUUCUUGCAGAAUGGGGGAGGGGGGGGAAUGUUCUGCUCUGCGCGUAUUAAGAAAGACACACAUUCAUGUUUAAACAAAAAUCUUUCUUGAUAUUUCCAAAAGCUCUCUCGCCCUCUGGCGAACUGUCUUAUCGAAUUCCCUCAGGAGCGUCGGCCUCUUUGUUUUCAGCAGUGCGGAAGACAGAGGCGCGCUUAUGCGGGCAUGUAAUAACCCAUCUGUUGUGCAAUAGUUGUACACACACACACACAAGAAGAAAAAUUGUAUCUGUUGUAAAAAAAAAACGACUGAUUUAUGUUGAAUAAAAAUUAACUAUGAACUUCA